CUUCCUUUAACAACAACCAAUCAUACCGACAAAAAAGUGUGGAAGACAUUUCAACCUUUGAUUGGAUCAUCUUGCUUCCUUUUUUGGUAGUCCGAUAUCUCCUAAAUCUGCCUAUUUCGAGGCUUACCUACGGAGUCGACAAAUCAUCCCCAAGAUGUGAAACAAUCAACAAGGCCACGGUACAAAGGCCUAGAUGCCAGCUCAUUGGGUAACAAUCCCAUAUCACCAUUAUUUAUCCAAUGAUUGUGAAGCUCGCAACGUGUUUUACCCCGCUCCAAGACCCUCUCUAUUUCAACUAUCUGCCUAGCAAGAAACCAAAGAUGCGACGCAUGAUUAUCCUAUAUGAAAUAUUCUCUUAUUCUGGUAGAAAUCAACCAUGGGACCGUUCUUCAAACACCCGCAGCAACCGGAACUUUAUGUUGCUGAUAAAGUGGCAUUAGAGGAGUCAAUACGACACCCGCCAUGCUCUUGUCACGACUGCCAGACCGGCUUUUACUUAGCGAAUGAGCAGUAUAGACCCCCACUAUCGUAUCGUUCCAGGAUCUCAGAUGCUGAUGCUAGGCAUUUGGUCGAAUCGUAUACCAAGGAAAUACAUGAAAAUAGGAAGUCCUUGACCGAAUCUCUGAAGUCUCACGCGGAUCUGCUCAUGAGCCGAUGGAGAAAACGAAGCCAAGAAAAACGACAGGCUCUGUUGAUGGCAGCAGCGCCGGACCUUGAGCCUUCGCCAUGGCUUAACAUGCGGUAUUGCUAUAUGAAUGAAAGGAAGCUAAUUGACUGUCGAAGUUUAAGAAGAAGGCGUCAACUUUUGGCUCCGUGGCUCAAUGUGAAUGUAUUAAAGACGAAUCCAUCAGUUCUGUAUGCCCUCUUGCAUUAUCGAGUCGCAUACCAACCGCAAGAUUGGGCUGCUUUCGAUUGCAGACAGUUGACAUUAAGUUGGGCCUGCGGGUGGUUUGACGUCGAUUUCUGUAAUAAAUGUGUGGUUAUGUAUGGGCCAAGAUAUGGGACCCUUGUGGACUGGGAAGAGGCUGCCGCUCACAGGGCAGAUAUUAUUGGAUUUCCUCGGGCUCGGCUCGUCCUAGAGGCGCAAUCAUUUAUAAUGACAACCCUCCGAUCAAUUGUCGACAAGAUUUUGGAUGGCGUUGAUGAUUCUCUACCAGUUCGGACUCAGAAAUGGUCAGAGUUGACGGCCAAUGCCAGCUUCAAGCACACUGGAGAGGUCGAAUUCUGGUCCCCAUAUACCAACCAAGCCUUUUCCGCUCCUCCUCUCCUGGAUACAGAUUAUUUGGUCUCCUUGGCAAAUACUCGUUUAGAAGCUACGGGCGAUCAUCUGUGGCAUCUGCAAUGCGACCCGGCAUACAUGCGUCGACACAUGAAGAUAUACUCCCGAAAGUCAAUCGCAAAAGUCGCCGAAGAGAACGAGGCCGCACGACACUUUGCGUUCGAAGUAUACGUUGAAGUGCUUGGUCAUUAUUGGUGGCACUGGAUCGAAACAGAAUGUAAGAAUGUGGCAAACUUGCAUCGACGGUUUCGAGAUAGUAUUUACCCCGGAAACCCUCUACCUCCUCGUUACGACCGAGCCCUAGGUGCCCUUGAGCUUGUCCUCGUCAACCAGGUGAUCUAUCGGGUGCAGAUACUCCACCAGAUUAUACCUUACUGUCCAGGAUUUUCUCACCAUUGGACGCUAAAACGUGAUGCUGACACGCCCCAAGGUUGUAUCAAAUUGCAAAGAGAUACCUCAAACAAUACGAAGGAAGCCUUUGAGAACGAUCCCCUUGAUUGGUGUUUACUUCAACUACUAGGGAUGCCGGACCAGCAGACUCAUUUUGACCACGCAAUGCUUUUUGCCUUUUUGCAGGAUCAUCUUUCUCACUGUAGUUCGAAAGAAAAGGCGCGACUGGACGAGAGCUUGUACAAAAACCUAUCUGACCUCUCAACUUGCCACGAGAUGCUGGUCGCCGUUCGCUUGAGUAGACCUCAGAAUAAAGCGAGAGAUAUUAAGGAGGUUCUUGCGUCGGAGACAGACCGAGAUCGCCAGGCUUGGAAGAAGAUGGCUCAAAAUGAAGCGCCUCCAUCUCCGCCCCUGGGAGACCUGGAAAGAAGCGGAAUGGGGUUGUUCAAAAAUCUCUACGCGAAGCCUCCGAGUGGCCAGAAGAACCUAGAGUGGCUGCGACAAUCCCGAACUAAUCGUGCAGCUCUAGAAGCAUUCUGGAACUCAAUGAGAGAGAUAAUACGGAAGUGUUUCACAGGAUACACUUUCACUACAGAGGAUAUCGAUGGUCUCCUUCAGAUCAUAUCGGCAGAUAAGACGUCAGAGUAUAUCGAUGCCGUGCGCAGCGAAGAGAAUAAAAUUUUGGCUGAUGUCGAGAGCAACAAAACUGAGCCGAUGCUUCGAAACUUGACCCUAAAUGACCCUGGGCAACAGUUCAAACGCGAAGUCCAAAGCCCACGAGAGAAGAUCAAAAGCCGGCCAGAAUCAAGCGUCGUUCAGCCAACAGCAACCGCCGCGCCCAGCACUCCUACUCCUGCUGCAGGUACAGAGUCUAGUGUAAAGAAUGAUGGGGUGAUAGCUGUAAGUGAGCGAUCCCUUAACAUAUUUAGCUUCAUGUUCCCAGAAACAGCGGAAGAGUCAACCAAAACCGUGGGCUGGGAUGAUUUUGUGCAUGCUAUUUGCGACGUGGGCUUCACGGCGAGAAACAACGGUGGCUCAGCUGUUCUGUUCGAAAGUAUCGAUGGAAAGAUUGUCUUCCAUAAGCCACAUCCCGUCGUGAAGAUAGAUUCAAUUAUGCUACGUUCGAUGGGGAAGAGGAUGACGAAAUGGUUUGGGUGGAGCCGAGAACGGUUCGUGUUAGCAGAUGCCAAUAUUGAUAAAUCCUCUACCUAAUUAGGUAGACAGUCCAUGUCUUUCCUAUCCUUAUACGGCGAGGCCCUCUUCGCAAACCCCUUGGGCUGCUUAAGCUUUAUCUAGGUAUCAUUGAUGAUAAUACAUGUAUUCUUCCGCG